CUAAUUAUCGCCGGACCAAUUUAACACUUCAGUCUGUUACACCUCCCAAGUGGCGCAGGGCGGGAACGAGAAACAGAGCUCGAGCUGCUGAGAGAGAUGGUGCGGCCUUACCGGGUUAAAGGGUUUAAGCGAAAGAAGAUAGGAGAAGAAGUAUACGAUAAAGAGGAUAAAGAGGAAGAAGAGGCAGAGGAGAAGGAGGAGGAGGAGGACGAUAAAGAGGACACGACAGCAGUAGAAGGAGAAGAUGAAGAAGAUGAGAGGAGAGCAGGCGAGGCGGCGGAUGAACUUCCUGGAAUUCCAAUAGUAGCCUCCAAUGCGAACUCUGGGGCUGGUGUCAUCUUCGUUCUCGAGCGGGCUUCUCUGGAAGUCGCAAAAGUUGGAAAGACUUACCAACUUCUGAAUUCGGAUGAUCACGUCAACUUUUUGCUGAAACAUGGGAAGAAACCUGCUGAUUAUAGGCCUGACAUUGCUUUCCAGGCUAUUCUUUCGAUUUUGGAUAGCCGGCUCAAUAAGGCUGGAAGACUGAGAGCUCUAUAUGUGAAGACAGAGAAGGGAGUGCUUUUUGAAAUUAAGCCCUAUGCUCGAAUGCCAAGGACAUUUAAGCGGUUUUCUGGCCUAAUUUUGCAACUGCUACAAAAGCUGAGUGUAAAUGCCAGUGGUAAGCGUGAAAAACUUUUGCGUGUGAUUAAGAAUCCUGUAACACGGUAUUUACCUCUCAACUCUCGCAAAAUCGGACUCUCACACAGUGCGGAAAGGAUGGUUAGGAUUCACGACUAUGUUAAUGCUGCCAACAAUGAUGUGAACCUUGUUUUUGUGGUUGGUGCAAUGGCCCAUGGGAAAAUCAAUACUGAUUAUACUGAUGAUUUUAUAUCAGGUGGGUUCUCCUUCUUCUUACUUUCAGCUUCAGGUUCUCCUUUCUCAGUUUCAGGCUACCCAUUGAGUGCUGCAUAUUGUUUAGGGAUGAUCUGCAAUGCAUUGGAGCAAAAAUGGAACAUCUUGUAAACUUGAACCUAUCUUUUCUCAACCCGAAACAAUAAUCCCAUCUUUUCCUUGGUCUUUUGACCACUGGGAUUAUAAUAUAAUAUAUUAUGCAGUUUGGUGGAGCCAAGGAAGCAUGAGACUGUAUUUUGCACCAGCAAUUGCGAUUGUUAAAACUGCAUAUUUUCCGCAUGUGAUUGUGAAGUGUAAAAACUGCUCUACACUCGGUGAAAGAACUUGACCACAGUGGGUGUAGUGUUGUAGGAAAUUUAUUGUCUGGUUGGGGUUUCAUUAUUUUAUUACUAUCAUUUCCGGAGUAUAUUACUUUCCUGCCUCUGUACAUGUAAAGAACUUGACCAUAAUGAUUCUGCAGUGUCUUGAGAAAUCAAUGUUUUUGUGCA